AUGCCGGAUGCUGUCGAGAGUAUGCGAGCCGCGGAGGCGGAGCUCGCGGGGUGGCUGCAUGUGACCAAUCAGCUGCUGUUGGACGGCGCGCGGCACGCGCUGGCGCGGGUGGAGGAGCCUGCCCAGCGGACGGCGGUGCAGGCGGCGUACGUCGAAGGGCUCACAGUGUUGCUCCACUCUCACGCUGCCAUUGUGAGUUCCGCACUCUCCACCGCCACGGCGGAGGCGGAGGCAGAGCCGGAGGUUGAGAAAACGCGGGCCGCCAAGAGGGAGCUGGCCGACACAGAGAUGCGCCAGCUGGCGCAGCAGAAGCUGGAACUCGAACAGGAGGUUGCGGCGCUCCAGAAAGAAGCGCGGCGGUCGGCGGAGGCAGUGAGUGCCGCCCGCCUCGAUGCCGACGCGGUGCGGAGCGAGGUGGUGCAGGAGCAGCAAGUACUGGAGGCGCUGCGGCGAGAGAGGCGGGUUGAGGUGGCGCGACAGAGGGAGGAGCACGAACGCCACAUGUCUGAGGCGCGGCAGGAGCUGCUGCAGGCAAAGGAGGAGUACGCGGUGGAGGAACGGCGGCUGCAGGCGGUGCGUCAGCAGCUUCGCUUGCUUGCGGCCACGCUCGCGCGGCUUCGUGACGGGGAUGCAGAGGCGGGGGAGGAGUCGAUGUCCUACGAGGAGCCGAGCGAGAGUUUACGCCAGAUUUUUGAGAAAUUGGUGGAGUUCGCGGAGGUGGCGCGGCGGACACAGCAGGAGCUUCAAGAGGAGGCGGCGGCGCUGCGCGAACAGCUGGCCGCGGAGGAGUCCAUGUUGCACCACAACGGGCUUCGGCCGCUCUAUCAACGCAUUCUGCCGCCCCCUGCGGUGAACCCCGUGGCUCUCAAACUGCGGGAGCUGCGACCUCAAGGGGCAAAGACUCCCUGCGGUGUCGUCAACACACCGCGAAUGUCAAAUAGGCAGCCGCAGCAGCAUAAUUAUUAUUAUUAUUAUUACGGCCAUGUUAGAGGAGACGUCGCUGCCGCAUCCUCGCCCGGGUCGCUGUGUCAGACACCGAACGCCCGGGUCCCGGAUGAGGUCUCGUCCCUAGUGACGGCGUGGAGGGAGCGGAUGGCCGCUCUAAAGGCGGAAUUGCGUGACCUUCGCCGGGAGAUUGGCAGAUAG